AUGCCGACACCAUCACGGCCACAUGACUCAACCGCUGGCCCAGUUCCCGGUGAUGGGCAUGGUUCAAACAAAUGGGUAGAAGCAUUCCUCGACGAUUGCAGAAAAAUGGGCACGAACGGAAUGCUCAAGCAAUAUCGCAAGAACAGAUCCUACAUCGCACCCAACUACUCAUUUGAGGCCUUCACGGAAAAUCCACAGUGCAACCGAUAUUCAGAUGUGGUUUGUCUUGACGAGAGUCGAGUGAUGUUAAAGAUUGAGAAGCCGGGUGAAGGUGAUUACAUUCACGCAAAUUGGGUGCGUCUUGCAAAUCACGAUCGUGUAUACAUUGCUACACAAGCCCCCAUCGACCACACGAUUCAUGACUUUUGGCGGAUGUGCUUCCAAAACGACGUAUUCUGCAUUGUGAAUCUUGCCCGCCAAACGGAAAACGGCCGUGCCAGUUGUGCUCAAUAUUGGCCAGAAAAGGUCGGACACUUCUACACGCUUCCGCAAAAUGGAGGGUAUCUUGUGAACAACAAAAAGGUGGAACAUGAGGACAAAUUCACUCUAUCAACAAUUGAAGUGGUGCCAAAUGAAUGCUCAGAAGGAAAAGUUGUGAAGAUGAUCCAAUUUUUGGAAUGGCCAGACAAAGGAAUCCCAUUGGGCAGUCGAGUGAUUCUUCGCUUGCUUCGCCUUAUCACACGACAAGACAAAUUGGCAGCGAGACAAGGUAACGUGGUAGUGCACUGCUCUGCAGGAAUCGGACGAACAGGAACAAUUAUUCUGAUCGAUUGGAUGCUGCAAGCUAUUCUUCAUCGACACGAGCACGUUGAUGCUACGGCCCUCUUUAUGGAACUGCGUCGUCAACGUGCCCAUUCGAUUCAAACCGAGGGACAAUGGCUUUUUAUCUACCAGUCGGUGCUUGAAUACAUGCGGUUGAAGUACCCAAAGUAUGCACAUUCGAUCGAGAAAAUGGUCGCUGAGAUUCGAGCGCUCAAUUUGAAC